CUUUGUCUCUGAGUUGGUUUGCUUACCUCAACGGUUUGUCCCUGUUUGGCGUGUGGCUCUGUUCAUAGGUCUGUAACUGUGUCUUUGCCCGUCAGUCUUCCUGUGACCCUGUGCUUUUCUCUCUUUCUCUCUGUCCCUGUUUCUGUCCCUCUGUCCAUGAGUGAUGUGAGGCCAGGCCGAGGGCAGUCGCAGCCGCGUCCUCUCUUGCCUUCAUUGGUUCGCAGCCGUUACCCCGGGCAGCCGUCGCCAGUCCCGCCCCUCCCCUGCACCCCCGCCCGGGACCAGAGCACGCUCAGAGCCGCCAGAAAGCUCAGUCUCCUGCUCAAAACAGGAGUGCAGCAGCCGGAGCGAGUGGGGACAAGCUCGCCGAACACCGGGCGUCUCGAUAGGGACCCGAGGCUGCAGGACUGCUCCGAGACGCUGCGGUGACGGCGGCGCCGGAGGACGCGGAGGACUCUGGCCACCCGCCCUCUGUGCGCUCUGCCACCAGCGCUCAGCAGAGACCCCGGGCUGCGGCUGCACUCCCUGAGUGCCUCUCCCAGCAGCCGCAGCCCAGAGGUGCCCGGCACCUGGAGCUCACUGGAGCUGAGGGUCCGAGCUGAGCGGGCUGUUGUAAAGCCAAAAGAAGAGUCAGUGACUGGGACCUGUGUCCUGGUGGCGACGGUGAGAAAGGUGAGCCCGAGGGGCGCGGCACAGAACUGUCCAGCUCCGAGCACUGGGGUCCGCCGGCCGGCAGUGAAGGCAGCUGAGCGCAGAGGCGAGUGAGCGGACGCGUCCUGGGGUCUUUGCAGUCCCCGCUGGCUCCAAGGCACCGACUCUCGGUCAGUUGUGCGGCAGGGCGGGAGAGGCGCGCCAUGGAGGCGCCGGGUCUCGCCAGUAUGCUCCAGGCCAAGUGAAGCGGUCCGGCUGGGGUCGGCGGGACCCGCGGGCCAUGUACGGCGACAUAUUCAACGCCACGGGCGGCCCCGAGGCGGCGGUAGACAGCGCGCUGGCCCCAGGAGCCACGGUCAAGGCAGAAGGCGCUUUGCCGCUGGAGCUGGCCACUGCGCGCGGUAUGCGGGACGGUGCGGCCACAAAGCCCGACCUGCCCACCUACCUGCUGCUCUUCUUCCUGCUGCUGCUCUCGGUGGCGCUCGUCGUCCUCUUCAUCGGUUGCCAGCUGCGCCAUUCGGCCUUCGCCGCGCUGCCCCACGACCGCUCGCUGCGCGACGCCCGCGCGCCCUGGAAGACGCGGCCGGUGUAGUGUGGGACUGAGACACGGCCGCCGGGCGCCCCGUCCCGACCUAGCCAAGAGCAGCCAGCUUAAGCCUGAUAGAGAGGGCAUGACGCCGGGGAUCGCUGGCCC